CGAUGACGUCACCGAAUAGCACGCAUGCGCGCCGUACACAAAGGACCUCCGGAGGAUCGGUAAAGGUCAAAAAUGACAAGGAAUUUGUGUACGGGAAUCUAGAGCUCAACACACCAGUUUUGCUGUCUCUGUCCAGAUAUUUAAGAAGUGGAGCAAGGGAUUCACUCAAUCAUCCUUCCUGCUCAGACUGUGGGGAAGGAUUCACUGAAUCAUCUGACCAACUGGCACACCCAUCAUUUUGCACAGGGUGGAACGAUUCACCUGAUCAGACAGUGGAAAUGGAAUCACUCGGCCUUCUCAACUGAAGGUACAUCAGCUAGUUCAUACUGGGCAAGGCCAUUCACCUGUUCUGUGGGUGAGGAGGGAUUCAGUCAGUCUUUCCACUUGUGGACACACCAGUCAGUUCACACUGGGCAGAGGCUGGUCAUCUGUUGAAUUUUGGGGAAGCAUUCACUCGGUCAUCUGACCGAAUGGCUCACCAGCGAGUUCACACCGGGGAGAGGCCGUUCACCUGCUCGGACUGUGGGAAAGGAUUCACUUGCUCAUCUAAACUGAAAUUACAUCAGCGUGUUCACAGUGGGGAGAGGCCGUUCACCUGCUCAGACUGUGGGAAGGGAUUCACUAUGUCAUCUAAUCUGAAGGUACAUCAGAGAGUUCAUACUGGAGAGAGGCCGUUCACCUGCUCAGACUGUGGGAAGGGAUUCACUAUGUCAUCUAAUCUGAAGGUGCAUUGGAGAGUUCAUACUGGAGAGAGGCCGUUCACCUGCUCAGACUGUGGGAAGGGAUUCACUAUGUCAUCUAAUCUGAAGGUGCAUUGGAGAGUUCAUACUGGAGAGAGGCCGUUCACCUGCUCAGACUGUGGGAGGGGAUUUACUUGCUCAUCCAAACUGAAAGUACACCAGCGAGUUCACACUGGGGAGCAGCUGUUCACCUGCCCGGACUGUGGGAAGGGAUUCACUUGCUCAUCCGAACUGAAAGUACACCAGCGAGUUCACACCGGAGAGAGGCCAUUCAUCUGCUCAGACUGUGGGAAGGGAUUCACUCAGUCAUCCCAUCUGAAGGUUCACCAGCGAAUUCACACUGGGGAAAGGCCGUUCAUCUGCUCAGACUGUGGGAAGGGAUUCACUUGCUCAUCCGACCUGAAGGUCCACCAGCGAGUUCACACUGGGGAGAGGCCAUUCAUCUGCUCAGUCUGUGGGAAAGGAUUCAGCUGGUCUUCUCAACUGAAAUCACAUCAGAGAGUUCAUACUGGAGAGAGGCCAUUCACCUGCUCAGACUGUGGGAAGGGAUUCACUGCGUCAUUCCACCUGAAGAUACAUCAGAGAGUUCACACUGGAGAGAGGCCAUUCAUCUGCUCAGACUGUGGGAAGGGAUUCACUCAGUCAUCCCAUCUGAAGGUUCACCAGCGAGUUCACACUGGGGAGCGGCCGUUCACCUGCUUAGACUGUGGGAAGGGAUUCACUUGCUCAUCCGAACUGAAGUUACAUCAGCGAUUUCACACUGGGGAGCGGCCGUUUGCCUGCUCAGACUGUGGGAAGGGAUUCUCUGUUUCAUCCCAGCUACUGAGUCACCAGUCAGUUCACACCGGGGAGAGGCCAUUCAGCUGCUCGGAGUGUGGGAAGGGAUUCACUAUGUCAUCUAAUCUGAAGGUACAUCAGAGAGUUCAUACUGAAGAGAGGCCGUUCACCUGCUCAGACUGUGGGAAGGGAUUCACUAUGUCAUCUAAUCUGAAGGUGCAUCGGAGAGUUCAUACUGGAGAGAGGCCGUUCACCUGCUCAGACUGUGGGAGGGGAUUUACUUGCUCAUCCAAACUGAAAGUACACCAGCGAGUUCACACUGGGGAGCAGCUAUUCACCUGCCCGGACUGUGGGAAGGGAUUCACUUGCUCAUCCGAACUGAAAGUACACCAGCGAGUUCACACCGGAGAGAGGCCAUUCAUCUGCUCAGACUGUGGGAAGGGAUUCACUCAGUCAUCCCAUCUGAAGGUUCACCAGCGAAUUCACACUGGGGAAAGGCCGUUCAUCUGCUCGGACUGUGGGAAGGGAUUCACUUGCUCAUCCGACCUGAAGGUCCAUCAGCGAGUUCACACUGGGGAGAGGCCGUUCACCUGCUCAGUCUGUGGGAAAGGAUUCAGCUGGUCUUCUCAACUGAAAUCACAUCAGAGAUUUCACACUGGAGAGAGGCCAUUCACCUGCUCAGACUGUGGGAAGGGAUUCACUGCGUCAUUCCACCUGAAGGUACAUCAGAGAGUUCACACUGGAGAGAGGCCAUUCACUUGCUCAGUCUGUGGGAAGGGAUUCACUCAGUCAUCCCACCUAAUGGCUCACCAGCGAGUUCACACUGCGGAACGGCCGUUCACCUGCUUAGACUGUGGGAAGGGAUUCACUUGCUCAUCCGAACUGAAGUUACAUCAGCGAGUUCACACUGGGGAGCGGCCGUUUGCCUGCUCAGACUGUGGGAAAGGAUUCUCUCUUUCAUCCCAGCUACUGAGUCACCAGUCAGUUCACACCGGGGAGAGGCCAUUCAUCUGCUCAGUCUGUGGGAAGGGAUUCAAUUGGUCAUCUCACCUGCAGAGACACCAGUCAGCCCACACGGGGAAAUGGCCAUUCACCUGCUCAGUCUGUGGGAAGGGAUUCACUCAGUCAGCUCAAUUGAAGGUACAUCAGCAAGUUCACACCGGGGAGAGGCCGUUCACCUGCUCAGUCUGUGGGAAGGGAUUCAAUUGGUCAUCUCACCUGCAGAGACACCAGUCAGCCCACACGGGGAAAUGGCCAAUCACCUGCUCAGUCUGUGGGAAGGGAUUCACUUGGUCAUAUAAGCUGAAUAGACAUCAGCGAGUUCACACUGGGGAGAGGCCGUUCACUUGCUCUGUCUGUGGGAAGGGAUUCGCUGAGUCAUCUGAACUGAAGAUACAUCAGCGAGUUCACACUGGGUAGAGGCCGAUCUCCUGCUUAGAG